UUGCGCGGCGGUAGAAUCGGCGGUGUUCUGAAAAAAAAAAUCUGACAGUGAACAUAAUUAAUAUCACAGUAUUACAAUCGAGUGUUUCUUUUAACUGUCCGCGACAAAAUGAUUCACGAGCUCUUGCUAGCUUUAAGUGGAUAUCCUGGCACCAUAUUCACGUGGAAUAAAAGGACUGGUCUACAGGUGUCCCAAGACUUGCCUUUUCUCCAUCCCAGCGAGACCAGUGUGUUGAACCGGCUUUGCAAACUUGGUUCCGACUACAUUCGCUUCACCGAGUUUAUUGAGCAGCACACAGGCCAUGUGCACCAGCAGGAACACCACCCUGCCCAGCCCAACCAAGGGGGACUCCAUGGGAUCUACCUUCGUGCUUUCUGCACUGGGCUGGACUCAAUGCUGCAGCCUUAUAGACAGGCCCUGCUUGACCUGGAACAGGAGUUCCUCGGUGAUCCCCAUCUGUCCAUUUCUCAUGUGAAUUACAUGCUGGACCAGUUUCAGCUGCUGUUCCCCUCCGUUAUGGUGGUGGUAGAGACCAUCAAAUCCCAGAAGAUCCAUGGGUGCCAGAUUCUGGAGACUGUGUACAAGCACAGCUGUGGAGGACUGCCACCUGUACGCAUGGCCUUGGAGAAGAUUCUGGCAGUGUGUCACGGCGUGAUGUACAAGCAGCUGGCUGCCUGGAUGCUGCACGGGCUGCUCCUGGAUCAGAGCGAGGAGUUCUUCGUGAAGCAGGGUCCCAGCGCUGGAGGCUCGGCGGCAGCCCAGGAGGAAGAGGAGGAGGACCUGGGCAUCGGAGGCCUGAGCGGAAAGCAGCUGAGAGAGCUUCAGGACUUGCGGCUAAUUGAGGAGGAGAACAUGCUGGCCCCGUCGCUGCAGCAGUUCUCUCUGCGCACCGAGAUGCUCCCCUCCUACAUCCCGAUCCGUGUGGCAGAGAAGAUCCUUUUCGUCGGGGAGUCAGUCCAGAUGUUCGAGAACCACAACCAGAACCCGUCCCGUGCUGGCUCCAUCCUGAAGCACCAGGAGGACACGUUUGCUGCCGAGCUGCACCGACUCAAACAGCAGCCCCUCUUCAGUCUGGUGGACUUCGAGAACCUCAUCGAUGGAAUUCGCAGCACGGUCGCUGAGCACCUGUGGACGCUGAUGGUGGAGGAGUCAGACCUCUUGGGGCAACUGAAGAUUAUUAAGGAUUUCUACCUGUUGGGGCGUGGCGAGCUCUUCCAGGUCUUCAUUGAUCAUGCACAGCACAUGCUGAAGACCCCACCCACCGCUGUCACGGAACACGAUGUCAAUGUUGCGUUUCAGCAGGCUGCUCACAAGGUGCUGCUGGAUGAUGACAAUCUGUUACCCCUGCUACACCUUACCGUCGACUACCAAGGAAAAGAGACCAAAGAGGCUGCUGGGGGUCGUGAGGGUGCCACACCUCCUCAGGAGACGUCUCCCCGGGAGGCUCCGCCCACUGGCUGGGCUGCUCUGGGAUUGGCCUACAAGGUGCAGUGGCCCCUGCACAUCCUGUUCACGCCUGCAGUCCUGGAAAAGUACAACGUGGUGUUCCGUUACCUGCUAAGCGUACGCAGGGUGCAGUCGGAGCUGCAGCACUGCUGGGCCCUGCAGAUGCAGCGCAAACACCUGAAAUCCAACCAGACCGAUGCAGUCAAAUGGAGACUGCGCAACCACAUGGCCUUCUUGGUGGACAACUUGCAGUACUACCUGCAGGUUGAUGUGCUGGAGUCUCAGUUCUCCCAGCUCCUGCAUCAGAUCAACUCCACCAGGGACUUUGAGAGCAUCAGACUGGCUCACGAUCACUUCCUGAGCAACCUCCUGGCACAGUCCUUCAUCCUGCUCAAGCCAGUGUUUCACUGCUUGAACGAGAUUCUGGAGCUCUGUCACAACUUCUGUUCACUGGUCAGUCAGAACACGGGCCCACUGGACGACCGGGGAACAGCCCAACUGGACAUCCUAGUCAAGGGCUUCAGUCGGCAGUCUUUUCUGCUCUUCAAGAUCCUGUCCAGUGUUCGCAACCACCAGAUCAACUCAGACCUGGCCCAGCUCCUGCUCCGGCUGGACUACAACAAGUACUACACCCAGUCAGGGGGGACCCUGGGGAGUUUUGGAUUGUGAUCCAGUUUCUGAAAAAGUCUUUGCAGCACUGAUAAGAGGAUCUUGACAUACAACUGGCAGGAAUGCUGUAGGGAGAGAUUCUGCAACACACGAUCCAAAAUGUUGGCUAUUCCUACUUUGUUGCAUGUCUCCUUGUGAUCGUGCUUCUCGUGGUUUUAAUUGUUAUGUUACACCUCAACACAUGCCCACAUCCUAAGUAUAAAGUUAUGUAUAGAGACUCAUAAGUAACUAAGAGUUUAACAACAUCUCUCAUA